ACCAUAGCCCCUGAUAUCGCUAAUGCCAGGCGGGAGAAGCUAGCCAGAAAGGGAGGACAAGAGGGUUUUAGAGCUCACCUCCAUUCCUACCCCGAUCGACUCUCUCAAACCCUUCUGUCUCCUUUUGAGAUAAUUAAAAUCGAGUGUACACCGCCCCUAGUCGGUGCCCAUUCACCCUAACUCUCCACUGAACUAGGUUUGUAGUACGAGGGAGUGAGGACCCCGAGUCCACCAGCUCAACCCCGGCCCCGCCCCGUCGGCCUGGCCCGGGGCUGGGAGGAGAGGAUGCCUUUGGAGGCGCAGAAUCCGAAACUCUCAGGGGCUCAGCUUUGGAUUUGGUCCCGCCUCUGCGUGUAGGUCGCUGGAGGGCGUCUGUUCUUCACUCAGACAGGACGGGUUUAAAGGAGCAGCUGCUUCAUGGACUCUGGCUCACUCAGGCCGAGAUAUGGAUCAACUCAUAAACAACUUGGAGGUCCAACUUAAUUCAGAAGGUGGCUCAAAGCAUACAUUCAAACAGGUCACUGGCCCUGUUAAAAUUAGAGAUUCCCUUAAGGCAGCAGACAGAGGUAAUAUGACAUCUCCACCACUCCUGGAUGCCAACCCCAUGGAGAACCCAGCACUGUUAAAUGACAUCAAGAUUGAGCCCCCAGAAGAACUUCUGGCUAAUGAUUUCAACCUGCCCCAGGUGGAACCAGUUGACCUCUCCUUUCACAAGCCAAAGUCUCCUCUUCAGCCUGCCAGUAUGCUGCAAGCUCCAAUACGUCCUCCCAAGCCACAGUCUGCUUCCCAGACACUUGUAGUAUCCACUUCAACAUCAGACACAGGCACUUCAGCAAACAUCCCUACUGUUCUGACCCCAGGCUCUAUCCUGGCCUCCUCUCAGGGCACUGGUGGUCAGCAGAUCUUACAUGUGAUUCACAGCAUCCCCUCAGUCAAUCUGCCAAAUAAGAUGGGUAGCCUGAAGGCCAUCCCAGUGAUGGUGCAGUCACUGCCCAUGGUGUAUACUACUUUGCCUGCAGAUGGGAGCCCUGCAGCCAUUACAGUCCCACUCAUUGGAGGAGAUGGCAAAAAUGCUGGAUCAGUUAAAGUUGACCCCACCUCCAUGUCUCCAUUGGAGAUCCCAAGUGACAGUGAGGAGAGUGCAAUUGAGAGUGGAUCCUCAGCCUUACAGGGUAUUCAGGUACAAGAGCCAGCAGCAAUGAGCCAAAUGCAGGGAGAAGAGUCCCUUGACUUGAAGAGAAGACGGAUUCACCAGUGUGACUUUGCAGGAUGCAGCAAAGUGUACACAAAAAGCUCUCACCUGAAAGCCCACCGAAGAAUCCAUACAGGAGAGAAGCCUUAUAAAUGCACCUGGGAUGGCUGCUCCUGGAAAUUUGCUCGCUCAGAUGAGCUAACCCGCCAUUUCCGCAAGCACACAGGCAUCAAGCCUUUCCGGUGCACAGACUGCAAUCGUAGCUUUUCUCGCUCUGACCACCUGUCUCUGCACCGCCGGCGCCAUGACACCAUGUGA